AGUGAAAAAGAGAGAGAGGGAGAGAGAGAGAUGGAGUGAAUGAAGGAGGAUAUUACUACUACUGCAUGGACCGGUGCAGCAGCACUUAGACGCUCUUUGGGUCGCACACAGACGCACAGCAAAACCAAAAGAGGAGCUGACGCGCAGAAACCGAACUGUGAUUUAUUGGACUAAUAAUUUUUUUUUUUUUGUUGGUAUCCACUCUUUUAGAAAUUAAAUAGCGCUUUCUCAAAAAGUAGGGUGUCUAUGAUAGGGGCUGGCAUUGCAUCCCCCUCCCCCCUUUCGGAGUUUGUUACUCGGACUCACCUUGCAGGCAUAUUGUUGGAGCGGGACGCACAAAACGUUGGCAUAAUGGUCAGGUAAACGAGAAAGGGAGUAGCAUAUUUAAAAAGAAAAAAGAAAAUAAAAGAGAGAGAGAGAUCCAACUUUGAAUGAAAUAGAAAUCAAUCAUUUGUCAGUGUAACUAGGAUUAAAAAAAAAAAAAAAACAGCAUCUGCAGCUACAUUUUCCUCCGCAAUAAAAUUAUCCUGUUGAUUUUUUGGGACUCUAAAUCAGCCCGGUGACGUCUUUAUGGUGUGGUUUUGCUUGUGGGGCUCACUGAACUGUUAAGACGUUUAUUUCCCCUGACUACUUGUAAACAAAUAGAGAAUUAGAGGCUUCACAUAUUUUGCAGAGCGGGCUUUACACGAAUAGGAAGGAGGCAAAGUGCGGUCUUUUUUAUGUAAUGCAAAGUGCAGAAUUGAGUUUCAGCAUUUUACUUGGCUCACCUUACUGAACGAUUUAUUGUAAACUUGUAAACCUUAAACUUUCAAAUUUCUAGUUUGCUGCUAUUUGUAAGUAUUUAGAGGACCUUUGAUUUUUAAAUCGUUUUAAAUUAAUUGGCAGCAUUGGAAUGCACUGAUUCAAUAUACUUUAUUUCUAUAUUUUUUUUUUAUCGUAAAUCUUUUUAAAGCAGAUUAAUUUUACUUACAAAAAAGAAAGAAAAAACCCCCGCAACUGUUUAAUUCCUGAGGAAAUGUGGACAAACGAUCCACUGUGAGACCUCUUGGAAAGAGGUUUUAAACACUAUUUCAAACAAAUCCCUCUAUAACCUCGAGGCAAAAUGUUGUUGAUCAGACUACUGCCUAUUUUCCUCGUCGUCAUCACAAACACGUGGCUGCUCAGCCCGGUUCGCUCCGAUACUCUCAGCCGGCACAAGCGCUCCUUGGCCCGCCGGGCAGACAGCGAGCUGUCCAGGAUAGCAGCAGGUGAACCCUGUUUCGUCUCACCGUCCCGACUGAAACCGCGCGUCCUCUUCCCGACGCAACACCGCCCUCCAGCGGCCCUACCGAGGACGUCCACGAGUCGAAGAGCGCCCUUCACCGUUAAAGGCGCUCGAGAGGUUUGUCCCGGUGGGUGCGGGCUUGACACCGAGCUGCGAGAGGUCGCUCCGGCGCGGAGAGCGCACGAAGGCAGGGGUGAUACCGGUGACCUGGCAGAGAGAGUGGGCGGAUAUCCGACAUUAUUCGACCGGUUUUAUGAAAAUAAUAUUCGAAACGACGAAAGGGAGUCAAAUUAUGUCAGGGAAGAUGCCCCACACCCUCCCGGGAGGUCCGGUGUUAAAGACACCGAGGAGAGAGUUUCUUCUCGCUUUAGGGUUUCCCGCAGCGUCGACGUGAAGAAGCUUCGCUACGAGAAAGAGGACAACGUCAGGUGGGAGAAAGUUCCUCCCGAGAGCUCCACAGUUCACAGGGGGCUCCAGGUCCCCCACAGACUGAGGCAAGAUGACCGAGAUGGAGACAAUCAGUCGUCCACAAUGACCGUGGCGGAUGCUGUCGCUACGGAGGACUACUCUGGGGAGGUGGAGGAGGCGGAUGCAGCCGCGGACUCCCCCAAUAACAGCUGGGGAACCACAUUGCCAAGAGUGCCCCCUUCCUGGAUGACAGCUCUGUACUUUAACGGGCACCGGGAGCAGCUGAAGGUGAAACUGGCCGAGGGAGUCGAGCUGCCGCGGGACAAGUUCGGCUUGGAGCUGUGGGUGAAGCCAGAAGGCGGGCAGAGCAACCCGGCGGUCAUAGCAGGUGUAUUUGACAACUGCUCACAUUCACUGAGUGAGAAGGGCUGGUCCGUUGGCAUUCGCACCAUGGAGCCAGCUGGCACCAAAGACGCGCGGUUCUACUUCACGCUUCGCACAGACAGAGCUGUGAAAUCCACCACCAUCUCCAGCCACCACCGUUACCGAGCUAAUGCUUGGACGCACCUGAUGGCCACAUACAAUGGUCACAACAUGACCCUGUAUGUCGAUGGGGCUAAGAUGGGAGAAAGCAGCCUCCAGUCUGGGGAUCUCUACAGUCCGUUCAUGCAGACCUGCAGAACUCUGUUUCUUGGGAGUAAACAAUCUGAUCUUGGUCAAAGCUUUAGAGGCCACAUUGGAGGAGUGAUCCUGUGGGGCUAUGCUCGCUCUCAUCAGGAUCUACUAAAGCCACCACUUCAAAUUGACUUGAAUGAGCCAGUUUUGGCAAUGUGGGCGGAUUUUACCAAUGUGGAACGGCUUUGGAGCCCUUACAAAACUGCCCUGCAUCCAACUGUCAUCACUACUCCAGCACCAGAACAAGAACUUGUCUCAUCCUUUCUCCCGCCAGCAUGUGGCCAGACACAAUGCGACAACACAGACAUCAUCUCUGGCUACAACAACAACUGGCAGCUCCGGACACCCAAACGCAUUCGCUACCGGAUUGUCAAUCUCUCGGAAGAUGACGGUGGGAAUCCAACAGUGACACCAGAACAGAUCCAAGUUCAGCAUCAGGCUCUACGUGAGGCGUUUCAGCCUUACAACAUCACCCUGGAGCUGAGCGUCCACACCGUGAAAAACUCCAGCCUUCGACAGAGAUUCAUCCUCAGCAACUGUCGAAUUGGCAAGAUUGGGAACCGGCAGUGCGAUCCAGAGUGUGACCACCCAAGGACCGGCCACGAUGGAGGCGACUGUCUCAGACUAGGGUACUGUUACAACUGGAAAAGGCAGGAUGGGGUUUGUGACAUGGAGUGCAACACCAUAAAAUUUGAAUAUGAUGAUGGAGACUGCUGUGAUCCAGAUGUCACGGACGUUUCUAAGACCUGCUUUGACCCUGAAUCUCCUGACAGGGCUUAUAUGAGUGUGAAAGAACUGAAGGAUGAGCUAAACCUGAGCGGUAGCGACACACUCAAUGUGUUUUUUGCCAGCAACUCAAUGCGAGAAGAGCUGGCAGGAGCAGCAACGUGGCCAUGGGCGAAGGAGGCUCUUACACACCAAGGUGGGAUGUUUCUCAACCCGUCCUACUUUGGUACAAAGGGCCACCAGAACACAAUGAUCCAUGAGAUGGGGCACAUAUUUGGGUUGUACCACGUUUUCAAGGGGGUGAGUGAGCGGGACUCCUGUGAUGACCCAUGUCAGGAGACAGCCCCGUCUAUGGAGACAGGAGAUCUGUGUGCCGACACUGCACCAACCACCAAAUCCAAAACCUGCCAUGACCCUGAAGCUGUCAACGAUACAUGUGGAUUCACCAUCUACCAUAACACGCCUUACAGCAAUUACAUGAGUUACACAGAUGACAACUGCACCAACCACUUUACUCCCAAUCAAGUGGCCAGAAUGCAUUGUUACCUUGAUUUGAUCUACCAAAAGUGGCUGAUGGACAAUCGCCCUGCUCCUGUCCCGCUUCCCCCCAUGGUGACGGGCCAAAGCACCAACUCUGUGUCCAUAUACUGGCUCCCACCAUUGAGAGGGUCACUUUUUCAAAGCUCCUCGUUUCGUGUGCCUGGCAUCGACUGUGGAGACUGCGAGAAAGACGGCGUCUUCCACCAGUACGCCUUCCAGGCCUCGUCACCGCGCAUCUGUGACACGUCAGGCUACUGGACACCUGAAGAGGCAGUGGGGCCGCCAGAUGUGGAACAAGCUUGUGAACCCAGUCUCCAGGCCUGGAGUCCUGAGCUCAGCCUCUACGAUGCCAACGUAACGUCGCCAUGCCCUGAAACAGAGGGCUGCACCCUAACUCUACGAUUCCUGCACCCUGUCAUUCCACACAGACUCACACUAUGGGUAACCUAUACAUCCACGAACAACCCUUCCAUAUCCAACAUUGAGCUGAUUUCAAAUGCGGGGAAUAGCAUUCACCUCGGACCACAGCAUGUCUUCUGUGACAUGCCCCUAACAUUGCGCCUCGACACCAACAACGCUGCAAUAUCGGCCGUCAAACUCUCCACGUUUGAUGAGAAAAUGGAAAUCGAUGCAGCCAUGUUGUCUUCAGGCCCCAGCAGCUCUCUUUGCUCUGGCUGCCAGCCUGUGCAGUACCGAAUUCAGCGCCAGCCGCCGUUUACCAGCAAAUCCCCUCCGCCUCAGAUGGGGCAAACAUUCACAGACAGCUCUGUUAUGCAGGGAGUGAAGUACCAGUACACAAUCCAGGUGGAAACCGGCCGUCUCCUCAGCUUCCCCUCUGCACCUCUUGUCUAUACACCUGGACAGACCUACUGUGGGGACGGAGCCAUACAGGGGACAGAGGAGUGUGACGACAGCAAUCUGUUAGAUGGUGAUGGCUGCACUAAGAAAUGCAUCAAAGAGAUGGGCUUCAAUUGUGUCGGUGAACCUAGUCAGUGUUAUGUCUUUGACGGCGACGGCGUGUGUGAAGAAUUUGAGCGGGGAUCAAGUGUGCAAGACUGUGGUUACUUCACACCUUUGGGCUACACAGAUCAGUGGGCUUCCAGUGCCUCUGCUUCCCACCAGGACCCCAAACGCUGCCCUGCAGUCACUGCCACAGGGGAGCCAUCCCUUCCCAAGCUUUGUAGUUUUCAGCACCUGGAGGUGAACGACAAACACGGUGAUGCCUGGUUCCCAUGCACCGCCCAGUCUGACACAAAUAACGGCCUGGAGCACUCUUACUGGAUAAAGGUGGGGUUCCUCCAUCCUGGUGUGGCUGCUUCUGUUAUGGUUUACUUGGCCUCGGAUGGUUCGUGGUCUGGGGAGUCAUGGAGGAGGACAGUCACCAUUCUCCUAUCUGAUGCAAACGGCAAAAAUCACUCAUUAGGCACGCACGUCCCCUCAUGCUACCGAAACCCACUGGUGGUGAAUGUGACUCACGAUCUCUCUCAGCCAUUCUUCCUCACAUCCACUGUUAUCCUCCUCUUCUCGUCGCCCUCUGUGGCAGUGAGAGCGGUGGCUCUGAGGACCUCCUGCCACUUCAGCACCUUCGCCCUCACCGGUUGUCUGCGGCAGCCUUGUCAGAUUGACAGCUGCAGUCCUCCACAGAUGAAGCAUGCCUCCAUCAGGUGUACAGGUGGAGGGGAAGCCUCCAGUUGCUCGGUGAAGUGUCACCGUGGUUACAGCAUCACUGUCCUCAGUGGCAGGGGCACUCCACCACAUCAGAGAACCACAGAGCUAGAGUGUUUUCAGGGUUCCUGGGAUCGUGUUGUCAGCUGUGAGCCUGUGGACUGUGGCCUUCCUGAUCAGUCUCAUGUUUAUCAUGCUAUAUUCAGCUGUCCUUGGGGAACAACCUUUGCCAAACAAUGUUCCUUCACCUGUGGACCCCCAGCCAUAUUACAAGGUGACAGUGAUAGGUUGGUGUGUUUAGAAGAUGGGCUGUGGUCUUUCCCAGAGGCCUACUGCAAGAUUGAGUGUCCGGAAGCGCCUAACAUUCCCAGUGCCAGACUUCUCACAGAGGACUGUCUGGCUUCAGGACACGAUGUCGGGUCCUUCUGCCGAUACCGAUGCAGCCCGGGCUUCUACGUGGUUGGGAGUCUCAAAAAGAAGAAACCAAAAAAGUACUUCAAAUUGGAGUGCUUGGAGGACGGACAGUGGGAGGAAAAUGCCUGUGAGCCAAUAUCCUGCCCAGCUCUUCCGGAUGUCUUCCAGGGCAUGUACACCUGCACCAAUGGCCUGCGCUACAACACCCGCUGCACCCUGCAGUGCCCGGAUGCCACAGAAAUUAGUGAAAUUCGCUGCACUAAGGAUGGUAAGUGGACGGCAGAGUUUACUAUGUGCUCCAUGCUCCAGGGUUCAUGCUCUGCUCCCCACAAUCUCAACUAUGUUGAGUACAGCUGUGACCAGGGGAUGAAUAUUGGCAAUAUGUGCUACCCUACAUGUGUUGUUGCUCUGGACAUGGUUCUGAAUGACCCGGUGGUUCUGUCCAAUGGUACUACACCUGGCACCUUGAAGCACUGGAUGCAGCCUACCACAGUACAGAGCAUAAUCUGCACCGGGAUGAUGAAGUGGUAUCCUGACCCUGAAAACAUCCACUGUAUCCAGUCAUGUGAGCCUUUCGGAGGGGACGGCUGGUGCGACACCAUCAACAACCGGGCCUACUGCCAGUACGACGGAGGAGACUGCUGCUCGUCCACGCUCUCCACCCGAAAGGUCAUCCAGUUUGGAGCGGACUGCAGCGAGGACGAGUGCACUUGCCGUGAUCCAGAUGCCGAAGAAAACAAGAGCAAAGUAAAAACCUUGGACUGAAGAGGUGGAACCGGGGGAGGCAUGCAAUAAGAUGCAGAGGUGAAAGGAAGCUGAAGUUGUCUUAAAAGUCGAACUGCAUCACAUUCACCACGAGUUAAAAAAAUAAAUCAGAUGUGUAACAUUUCUCAAUACAAAGAUUGUGACUAAAUGCCAUUUGUAUUUCAUUUUCUUGCUAAGCUGCAUCCAAUGAGUCAUUACAUCGAAUGACAUCCAGACAUGAUACGUUUCCUUGCUCCUAGCUAAGACGUAAGAGAUUAGAAAAGGUUGUUUUGGAGAUCAGAACCUAACACACUGCAGCCCUCCUCCAGAAAUAAAGUCAUCAUAAUUGGAUCAAAUCACUUAUGAAUGAGCUCAAGUACAUUUCUGGAUCUGAUUAGAGUCGGGCCGCUCCUCACGGCUGAAGGCUACUGGAGAAACGCAUGUAAAGACUAACGUGUAUAGAUCGUAUAUCUGCAUCAUCCAGUAUAUCCCACAAGGCCACCUAUAAGCCAAACAGGUCAUUGCUAUAUUUAUAUCACUGUUCACGUUAUGUUAUUGUGCUACUGUAUUAUGCAGCUGGGUUUCCCAAAGCAGCAGUGCAUGGACGUGUCUAGUUGCUCAAUUAUGACAGUUAUUAGGUCUAACUGAACAUUGUGUAAUUUCAGAUAUUGACUGUAAACACAUUUAUUAUCCUCUCUAUGCUCUUAUCAGUACCACUGAAACAAAUCUGCACAUACGGUGAAGGUGAGAUGAACUGAAGUGUAAGGCCGUCCAUUCACUCAGCACAGACUUCAUCCAUAUCCAGACACAUUCUGGUCAGUCACCAACCAAUACGAGGGAACACAUCAGUACACAGGAUCAAUUAAAGUAUAUUGUGAUAUUUUACUGUACUUUGUACUCAAUAUAAUAAAUUCCAACUUUAUACAGACCUGAAUCAUGUCCUGU